AUGUACAGUGUGACCCACAUCAUGGUCCCUCCAGGCAUUCCUGCCCCACGACAAGGAAAACCUGAGACCACAUCUGCUUGCCAAUGGCUGUCUUCUAACAGUGGGAAACUAUUAAUAGGCAAGAAAUUAUCAGUCAUCACACAACCAUUCCUGGGCAUUGAGACCGCCCUGCAUCAGAGGAUGUCAGCAUUUAUCUUUUGGGAAUCCAGUUACAAGGUGGAACUAGAAGGAGAGCAUAGCGCGGGAGGACAGGGAGCUGAAAGGCCGCCCCCAAGGCCCGAGCUCCGGGACAGCUGGGACCCAGUGACCGGAAGGUCCGGCCUGAGCCACGCCCCCUGCGUCCCCCAAACCCCCGCAACGCGACGACCUCUCAGGUCACCAACCCCUCAGGCCUCGUGUGAGUUCAAGGGGCGGGGCCUGGCCGGCGGUGACGCCGAUUGGACGCACUACCGACCGCGCCUGGCGCGGAUUGGACGGGCGCUUCCCGCCUUCCACCGGCUUCCUGAGGCGCCACGGCGGUGCCUGAGGCGCGGAGCCGCGACGCUGGUAGGCAGCGGGGGCUGCUCCACCGACUCCACGCGGAGGCCUCCUCCUGCUGGCAGGUUGAGCAGGGAGCCUGCCACCAAGGGGGAGGGGGCGCGGUUCUGCAGCCGCGCGGCGGGGGAGACGCCGAGGCUGGGCCGGGGCGCGGGCUGUGCGGAGUCCGCAGCGAACGUGGUGCGCGCGGGCGCUGGCCCGGGACAGGAUCCGGUUGGUGCGGGCGCGGGCCUCGGCCCCGGGGAUGGGAAGUGGGCUCUCCGAGCCGCCCCCACGCGUUCGCGACUGUCGGUGGCUGAAGCCCGGGGCGGCGCGGUUGGCAAGGAGGGAGCUGGCCUGGGGCUGCGCGCGUCGGGCGCGGGAGGGGAGGCCGGGCCGCCCUGCCUGCUGCUGUGGUGCGGGCCGGACCGGGGUGGCGUCGGCGCUGCGGCCUGGGGCGCGCCUCGGCGUGUGCUUUGUUGGUUCGGGGGUGACCCUUGGAAAAAGGGGUCACCGUGCCGGCAUUGGGAGCAGGGACUUCGCCUUCGGCCUCAUUGUUGCCACUGCGGGUUCCGCUUAGAGAAAAACGGAGCGCGCUCAAAAUGGCCCUCCUCCUCCUCCUCCUCCUCCUCCUCCGCCCUGGCCGUCGGUUCUCGCCUUCGCUCCCUCCGCCUGCACCUGCGGCCCCCGAGCGAGCGAGCGGCUCAAUGGGUGGCACGUGGCUCCACCUGCGGCCUCUCCUGGCAGUUGGAAAAAUACAUUGAUGAUGCUCUAAGAAAAAAUGAUUUCAGACCUUUGAAAACACUUUUACAAAUUGAUAUUUGUGAAGAUGUGAAGAUUAAAUGCAGCAAACAGUUUUUCCACAAAGUGGACAACCUUAUUUGCAGGGAACUUAAUAAAGAGGAUAUGCACAAUGUUUCAACCAUUUUGGUUUCUGUUGGAAGAUGUGGCAAAAAUAUCAGUGUAUUGGGGCAAGCUGGACUUUUAACUAUGAUAAAACAAGGACUAAUACAAAAGAUGGCUUUCUGGUUUGAAAAAUCCAAGGAGAUUAUUCAGAGUCAAGAAAAUUCAAAAGAUGAAGCUGCUCUAAAUAUGAUAGAAGACUUAGUUGAUCUUCUGCUGGUCAUACAUGACGUCAGUGAUGAAGGUAAAAAACAAGUAGUGGAAAGUUUCGUACCUCGCAUUUGUUCCCUGGUUAUUGACUCAAGAGUGAAUAUUUGUAUUCAGCAAGAGAUAAUAAAAAAAAUGAAUGCUAUGCUUGACAAAAUGCCUCAAGAUGCCCGGAAAAUACUCUCUAACCAAGAAAUGUUAAUUCUCAUGGGUAGUAUGGGAGAGAGGAUUUUAGAUGCUGGAGAUUAUGACUUACAGGUAGGCAUUGUAGAAGCUUUAUGUAGAAUGACCACAGAAAAACAAAGACAAGAACUGGCACAUCAUUGGUUUUCAAUGGAUUUUAUUGCUAAUGCAUUUAAAAGAAUUAAGGACUCUGAAUUUGAAACAGAUUGCAGGAUAUUUCUCAACCUUGUAAAUGGCAUACUUGGAGACAAAAGAAGGGUUUUUACAUUUCCUUGUUUGUCAGCAUUUCUUGAUAAAUAUGAGCUGCAAAUACCAUCAGAUGAAAAACUUGAGGAAUUUUGGAUUGAUUUUAAUCUUGGGAGUCAGACUGUCUCAUUCUACAUUGCUGGAGAUAAUGAUGAUCAUCAGUGGGAAGCUGUUACUGUGCCGGAGGAAAAAGUACAAAUAUACAGCAUUGAAGUGAGAGAAUCAAAGAAGCUACUGACCAUAAUUCUAAAAAAUACAGUAAAAAUUAGUAAAAGAGAAGGGAAAGAAUUGCUUUUGUAUUUUGAUGCAUCACUAGAAAUCACUAAUGUGACUCAAAAAAUUUUUGGUGCAAAUAAACUUAGGGAAUCUAUCAGAAAACAAAGUAUUUCCGUUGCCAAAACAUCAGUGCAUAUACUUUUUGAUGCAAGUGGAUCACAGAUUCUAGUGCCAGAAAGUCAGAUCUCUCCAGUCGGAGAAGAACUCGUUAGUCUAAAAGAAAAAUCUAAGUCCCCAAAGGAAUUUGCUAAAUCUUCAAAAUAUAUCAAAAACAGUAACCAAGAGAAUAGAAACAACAGUCAGCUUGAGAUAAUUACUCCUAGUAAAAGAAAAAUGUCUGAAGCAUCAAUGAUUGUUUCUGGUGCAGAUAGAUACACUAUGAGAAGUCCAGUACUUUUCAUCAACACAUCAAUUCCACCACAGAGAAGAAAAAUUAAACCACCACUGCAAAUGACAAGUUCUGCAGAGAAAUCUAGUGUAUCUCAAACAUUAGAAAAUAGAGUGGAUAGUGCUGCAUCACUGAAAUCUAGACCAUCGGAAGGAAGACAUAGAAGAGAUAAUACAGACAAACAUGUUAAAACCACUAAAUGUAUAGAAAACACAGAAAAUAAGAACAUUGAAUUCCCGAACCAAAAUUUUAAUGAACUCCAGGAUGUUAUACCUGAUUCACAGGCAGUGGAAAAAAGAGAUCAUUCUACAUUACCUGGUGUUUUAGACAACAUCUAUGGAAAUAAAAUACACAGCAAAUGGGCAUGUUGGACACCUGUAACAAACAUUGAACUAUGUAGUAACCAAAGAGCAAGUAUUUCAUCAGGAGACACCUUUAAUCAAGAUAUUGUUAUAAAUAAAAAACCUAAACAAAAAUCAUACUCUUCAAUAUCUGAUAAUAAUUCUGAAGAAACAGCAAAAGUAAAAUAUAAGAAAGAAAGAACCGACCAUAUCAAAAUAGAUAAAGCAGAAGUUGAAGACUGCAAAAAACACAGUCAACAACAAAAUCAUCCUAAAUAUUCAGAGCAGAAAAAUACUGAAAAUAUCAAGCAGAGUGAUUGGCCUGUUGAAUCUGAAACUACUUUUAAAUCAGUUCUCUUAAAUAAGACAAUUGAAGAAUCGCUGAUUUAUAGGAAGAAAUGCAUAUUGUCAAAAGAUGUGAAUACUGCUACUUGUGAUAAAAAUCCUUCCACUAGCAAAAAUGUGAAAAGUCAUAGAAAAGCAGAGAAAGAAUUGACUUCCGAACUUAAUUCCUGGGAUUUGAAACAAAAAAAAAUGAGAGAAAAGUCAAAAGGGAAAGAAUUUACUGAUGCAGCAGAAUCCUUGAUAAGCCAAAUAAAUAAAAAAUACGAAACAAAACAUGACAUAAAGUCUACAAGAAAAUUAAAGGAGUCUUUGACUAACAGUGGUUUUUCAAACAAACCUGUUGUACAACUCAGUAAGGAAAAAGUUCAGAAAAAAAGCUACAGAAAACUGAAGACUACUUUUGUUAAUGUUACUUCUGAAUGUCCAUUGAAUGAUGUUUACAAUUUUAAUUUGAAUGGAGCUGAUGACCCUGUCAUAAAACUUGGAAUCCAAGAAUUUCAAGCUACAGCUAAAGAAGCCUGUGCGGAUAAGUCAGUAAGAUUGGUAGGUCUAAGGAAUCAUGAUGAACUUGAAUCUUCUGUCAAAACAAAAGAUAAAAAAAUUAUAACAAAUCACAAAAAGAAAAAUCUGUUUAGUGAUACUGAAACAGAGUUCAGAUGUGAUGACAGCAAGACUGAUAUUAGCUGGCUAACAGAACCGAAAUCAAAACCACAGCUAAUAGACUAUAGCAGAAAUAAAAAUGUGAAGAAUCAUAAAAGUGGAAAAUCAAGAUCAUCUUUGGAAAAGGGACAACCAAGAUCUAAAAUGACACCCAGUAAAAAUAUCACCAAAAAAAUGGACAAGACAGUUCCAGAUAGAAGAAUAAGACUUCCACGAAGAGCAACAAAAGCAAAAAAAAAUUAUAAAGAUCUCUCAAAUUCAGAAUCAGAGUGUGAAGAAGAAUUGUCACAUUCAUUUAAAGAGAACUUGCUAGUAAAGGAGGAGAAUAUCCAUUCCAGAAUCAAAACUUUAAAGCUACCAAAGAAACAACAGAAAGUCUUCUGUGCAGCAACAGAAAAGGAAUUAUCAAAACAAUGGAAAAACUCAAGUCUACUAAAGGAUACUAUACAAGAUAAUUGCCUUGACUUAUCUCCUGUAUCUUUAUCUGGCAGUUCAUCAUCUAUAGAAGUAAUGAGAUGUAUAGAGAAAAUAACAGAAAAGGAUUUUAUUCAGGAUUAUGACUGCAUAACAAAAUCGAUAUCCCCUUAUCCAAAAACUUCAUCAGUUGAAUCCUUAAAUAGUAACAGUGGAGUUGGAGGUACAAUAAAGUCACCCAAAAACAAUGAGAAAAACUUCCUGUGUACACGGGAAAGUUGUUCACCAAUUCCAAGACCACUGUUUUCGCCCAGACAUACUCCAACUAAGAAUACUACUACUACAAAUAGGAAAAAUAUAAGUUCUCUAGUACUUACACAAGAAACAACAAAUCAUAACAGCUAUACAGAUGCAAGCAGUUACAGUUCAGAAAAACAGUUUGUGGAAAUUGAAUCUCCAAAUAUCAGAGAAAAUCAUAUACAAAGCAAAAGAGAGGAAAGCCAUUCAGCAUCUUCAUUAUCCAAGUCUAGUGAAGGAAGAGACAAAAUGUGGUUGGACAUGCCCUGUGAUGCUACUCGUGUAUCGGGCCCCACUCAACAUCUUAGUCGCAAACGAAUGUGCAUAGAAGAUAAUCUAAGUAAUUCCAAUGAAGUAGAAAUGGAAGAAAAAGGAGAAAGGAGAGCAAACUUGCUCCCGAAAAAACUGUGUAAAACUGAAGAUGCGGAUCAUCAUAUCCACAAAAUGCCUGAAAGUAUAACUUCAUUAUCAACAAAUGACUUUUCUAUUCCUUGGGAGACCUGGCAAAAUGAAUUUGCAGGUAUAGAGAUGACUUAUGAGACUUAUGAGAGGCUCAAUUCAGAAUUUAAGAGAAGGAAUAAUAUACGACAUAAAAUGUUGAGUUAUUUUACUACGCAGUCCUGGAAAACAGCUCAACAACAUCUGAGAACAAUGAAUCAUCAAAGUCAGGAGUCUAGGAUUAAAAAACUUGAUAAAUUCCAAUUAAUUAUCAUAGAAGAGCUGGAGAAUUUUGAAAAAGAUUCACAGUCUUUAAAAGAUUUGGAAAAGGAAUUUGUGGACUUUUGGGAAAAGAUAUUUCAGAAGUUCAGUGCAUAUCAAAAAAGUGAACAACAGAGGCUUCAUCUUUUGCAAACUUCAUUGGCUAAAAGUGUCUUCUGUAAUACUGAUAAUGAAGAAACUAUUUUUACAUCUGAGAUGUGUUUGAUGAAAGAAGACAUGAAAGUCCUACAAGACAGGCUUCUUAGGGACAUGCUAGAAGAGGAGCUUCUUAAUGUACGCAGAGAACUCAUGUCAGUAUUCAUGGCUCAUGAAAGAAAUCUUAAUAUGUGAAAUCUAGUUUUUAUCAACAUACUUUAUCUAAUUAUUGUUUGUGUAUAACUGAGGAAAUAACAGAGUAGUUCUACAAUGAGAAAAAUGUACAUGUCACCCAGGCAACCCUUUGCAGGAAUCCUCAAAUUAAAAAAAAAAAAAAAGUAUUUUAAUGAAUAAGAAAGAACUACUAUAACGUGACUCCAAGCCCAGACUUUUGUCUACAGAAUAUUAUUUUUUAGUUUUGGAGAUAAAAGCUUUAAGAAACUUUUCGAGUUAAUUAUAUUUGUAAAAUGAGUUUCUUUACUAAAUUUGUGUAAAAUGUAUUAUUUUAUUACAUAAAAUGUGUUUUUGAAUCAAUGCAGUUUUGGGAUGAAUAUAUGUUAUUAAAAUAUGUUUAAUAGCUUAGAAUUCAAGUAAUAAAAAUUUAGCCACACUUACAAAGGGGAGGAAGUCCCUAAUUUAAAAUGUUUAACUGAGUGGUAGAUCAGAACUUUCAGCACACUGUUGGAAACAUUUAUUCAAUUACGGCUGUAACGUAUUAGGAGACACUAAAUGGCCUAAAAUAGCUACUACAUUCCUUACAUAUGUUAAUUCAAUAUAAAAGUCUUACUUCAUAAGCAGGCUGUUUGACAAAUACUUUUAAUCUACUAGUAGUCAUUGUAGUAUCUUGCUAGAUUAAUUUAUAAAAAUGAGUAUACAUUUGAUUUGCUUUUAAUGAAGUUGAAAUAAAUGCCUAUGUUACUUGAA